AUGGGCUUCGCGGGCAACGCUCUGAUGAGCGACCGCGGGCGGGAGCCGGGCCCCCCGAGCGAGGGCGCUCCCAGCCUGGAUCUGCUCCGCGAGUUCCUGGGGCACGUCAUGAACCUGACGUACAGCUGCGAGGACGCCGCGCGUUCGGCGGCGAGGCCGCGUGGUGUUCGCGGGCGCUGCGGUGCGCGCAGUGGCCAUGGCGUGCACGGGCGUCGUGGGCUCAAAGUGUGGGACGCCGAGCGAGUCGGCGCCGACCACGACGGGGGCUACGUCUGGUGCAACGACGCGGCGCCGCACCCGAAGCCGGAGGGCGGCUGCACGCUGUUCGGGUACGGCAUCGACAGCGAGGACGAGUUCGAGCAGCAGGUGGCCGAGUGGGGCUGCCAGGUGCACGAGUUCGACCCGACGGUCGAGCGCACCCAGGGGGAGCAUGCGUACCCCGAUCGUGUGCACUUCCACCGCGAGGGGGCCGCGGACGCGCAGGGGACAGUGGAAGGCUU